GGUUAUCUUUGGUGUGAAGUUAAUAGUGUUGGGGUAGGAAAAGUGUUUGUUUUCGCUUUUCGGGAACAAAUAUCGUAGCGUGUCGGAGAAUUUUUUUCGUCUUCAGAUACGGCUCAAAAUAAGUAGCAGUACAUUGCAUUUAAGGCGAAGUGCAAGCUGUAAAAAUGACGGUGACGAAGCAAUACAGGCCCCGCUGUUUCUUCGAUAUCGAAGUUGGGGGGUUGCCCAUGGGCAGAAUUGUUUUCGAGUUAUUCUCUGAUACAUGCCCAAUAACAUGCGAGAACUUCAGAGCCCUUUGCACCGGAGAAAAAGGUGAAGGAAAAACUACUGGCAAACCUUUACAUUACAAGGGAAUUAUCUUUCACAGAGUAGUGAAAGAUUUCAUGAUUCAGGGAGGUGAUUUUACAGUCGGAAAUGGUACCGGUGGCGAAUCUAUUUAUGGAGGAACAUUUGCAGAUGAAAAUUUCGAGCUGAAACAUGAUAAGCCGUUCUUGCUGUCCAUGGCAAACAGGGGUAAAGAUACAAAUGGGUCUCAGUUUUUCAUUACGACACAACCGGCGCCUCAUCUCGACGGAGUACACGUGGUCUUUGGCCACGUGCUAUCUGGCCAGCACGUCGUCUCUCACAUCGAGGGCCUGCCGGUCGACCGCAUGUGCCGCCCCCUGCAGGACGCACGCGUCACAAACUGUGGAGAGCUUGUUUUGAAGAUCAGAGGCAAAGAGAAGAAGAAAAGGAAGAAGGUGUCAAGUAGUUCUGCUGAAACAGGUAGUGAUUCUGAUGCAGAUAAGAAGAAAAAGAAGAAGAAAAGAAAGAAGCAAAAGAAAGAGAAAAGGAAGAGCCACAGUUCCAGUUCGGAGGACAGCGACGCCAGCGCAGAGAAAGAUGACAUCUCCAGCCCGGAGGGGCAGCCGCACCCUCUGGUCACACUCACGAAGAUCGAUCCCGACGAGAUACCGGACGUGCCACGCAACAAGUUUUUGUUUCGUGGUGGCAACGUGGCCGCCGACAAGGACAAGAAGGACAAAGAGAAGGACAAGGAUAGAGACCGCGACCGUGAGAGACGGCGACGGAAGGCGCGCAUACGUGGUAUUACCAAGAGUGGCCGUCUCAUCAAAGGCCGUGGAGUAUUUCGUUACAGGACACCAUCUAGAAGCAGAUCAAGGAGUGUGACUCCACCACACUGGAAACAAGCCCAGAACAGAAUUAUUAAGUACAGUGAGUACGAGAAAAUGGAGCAAGAACGUAAGAAGCGCGAGGAAGAGAUCAAGCGACGUGAGGAAGAGAGGCGUAAGAGGCACAUGGAGCGAGAGCAGAAAAUCAUGGAGGAGGAAGAGGAAGCAGGGUCUAGGAAGGUCCCAUCGGCAGCAGCCUUCAGGCGAGAAGACAGAAAAGGGACUGCUUCAGAUGAAGAAAGCCACACGCCUCCCCUGUCACAGCGGCGACGGCGGGAUCCUCCAUCGGAGCCGGAAGAAGGAGAGGUUGUAGCGGACGACGAGGGCCCGACGGCUCCGGAUGAGGCUAACAGCGAGGUCCACAACGGCACGUCACCGUCUCGGCAGACGGGCAGCAGGGAAAUGCGUACUGCUGGGCCUGUCGACUACAAUGCCCUGGACUACGACGAGGGUGCAGGUUCUGAAGAGGAAGGCCAGAAGCGGCUCUCUUCUGUUGCGAGUAGCGUGAAGACUUCCGAGAAACCAAAGGAGUCUGCAGAAAGUGAUAUCAGCAAGACAAAGGCUGAAAGGAAAACGGAAAAGGCGUCUCUUUCUGAAACAAAAGGUGUGAGUAAAAGUUUGCCUGCCCAGGAUAAUUUGAAACGAUCUUCCAAAGUCCCACAGGAUACGGACUCGAAGAAAACGAAAGAGAGUAGUAGAGACCGUGACGAUUCCCACAACAGGUCAGUUCCUGCACACGUGGAACGUCAUCAUAAGAGCCAGAGAGAAAAGGAAAAAGACAGAGACAGGGAAAAGGAGAAGAAGGACAAGGAGGGUGGUAAAGACAGGAUAAAGCAGAGAGAGAAGGAGAAAGAGAGAGAACGCGAAGACAGAGAGAAGUCGAGAGAGAAGCACAGGGAAAAGGACGAAGAAAAGAGGAGGAGAGAGAGAGAGAAGGGGGAGAAAGAGCGAGAGAGGAAGUCGAGGCGGUCCCGGUCGAGGUCUCGCCACCGUCACGGGGGAUCUCCGCAGUCGAGGAGGAGAGAUAGUGACCGCAGUAGACACGGCCACGAGAGGGACAGGGAAAAGAAAGAGGACAGAGAGAGGGAGAAAGAUAAGGUGAAGGAGAGGAGGCCAGAAAAGCAGAUAAAGGAAGAGAAGCAGAUAAAGGAAGAAAAACAGAUAAAGGAAGAGAAGCCGCAGGUUGCGAAGGACGCCGGAACCAACUCUGAGGGCGGAAACCGGGACAGGGGCAAGCGGUCGGAGCGGGAGCUGUCGAAGGAGGGGGUGCGUCCCAUGGUGGUGACACCGACCCUGGCAAAGGCGUCCACGGCCGAGAAGGGUCCGGCGAAAGCUGGACGGGGGAGCGCGGCUGCCAGGAGCCGCAAGCGCUCCAGCAGUUCCAGCAGCAGUAGCUCCAGCAGCAGCUCCAGCAGCUCGAGCAGCAGUGGCAGCAGCAGCUCGUCAUCAUCGUCCGGUCCGUCUUCUUCGGGCUCGGACUCCAAGCGGUCUGCACGGGCCUCCCGCAAGAAGUAGUGCGGCACCCGUGCGAGUUUGCCGUCAGAUGACUGUAUCUGAAUGUGUGGGACAGUUUUUCAGUUUUUAAUUUUUCUUUUUUUACCACUAAUGUUUACAGUGGCAUUCUAUUGACACGAGACAGCGACUGGACUAGAGCUCGUCGGCACUUAUGGAAAAAAUGUUGGUUCUGAGGAAAGUGUCCACUUAGAGAUUCAUUUCUUAUAUGAAUCGUAGGUAAGAGAGGAAAGACGAGAUACUUAACAUGUUGAGAAAAAAUUGUGCUCUGCGAACACCUGACACUAUCGUCUGGGAUGUGCUUCUGCCCCUUUAAUUAAUAGAGUUGCCUAUUUCCGUAGCCACGUACGAGAUUCGAUUCCAAGUGUCUCUCUUGAAAAUGGUAAAAAAAAUGGGAGUCUGUAGAAAGUUUGACAAAACAUGAUGUACCAUGUGAACUGUUCAGCAUUGCAGUAUGUAUUUCAGCUGACUGCUUGAUAAGUAUUGCAAAUCAACUAAGCAGAUGUUUGUUUCUACAGACCAAUUUACAAGUUUCAGCUAGACGUAGCUUUAAAUUUGACACUUUCCAGAGGCAUUUUAGAUAUACUUCUAGCUAAAUAUUGAGGAUGUGACUAGAUUUGAAAACUUUUGAGGCUAACGUACCACAUGGAAAAAGGAGGGGUUUGACUCCUUGUAUGCGUUUCAUUUGUAAACGCCAUUUCAGUACACUGCUUGACACAAUCGAGCUCUCGAAAAGAUUUUAAUCGAAUGUAUUGGUUCUUAAUCUUGUAAAACUAAAACCAUCUGGUCAUUUACCUCCAUGCUGCGCUAAAUAUUUAGCGGUAUGCGGCACUAGUGUACUUUCUGGCUUAGUGUGUAUCUCCCAUUACUUUUUCUAUUGAGUCAAAUACCGGGUGUUGCACAUUUUUAGUGAGACUAUAAUCUUACUCAUUUCAAGAGAUGACAUAGCAGUAUGAUGAGAAUCUGAGGUACAAAUCCCUAAGUACCCCAUGUUUCAUUUAAUUCCUGUAACUUAGUUCACAAGUGAUAUCUAACACUCUGAAAGUUCUCCAUAGUAUUAAGUGGAUUUAAUUUUUUGGGUUUUGAUAUGUACAUCCAACACUGUGCAAAAAUAUCCACAAGCAGUUAUCUGGUAAGAGUGUGUAGUGUAAGAUCUGAAAGAAAGAAUGAAUUACCUUUUAAGUGCAGUACCAUAAAGGGAUGUUUCAGUUUGAUUUAUAUAUUUACACUGUACUCUUGUUGCUAGCAUUCUUCAAAGCGUCAUUCAUAAAUAAACCAGAGAGUGCAGAUUCACUAUCUUGUUAUGAAAACGUGACAGUUUAUAACAAUCAUUGGCUCUAAAGACUGUUGUGUACUGUUGUUUUGAAUUAUGGCUAUAGUUUGGAAGCAACAGUGUGUAUAACAAGAAUAUAGUUUAAAGUGUCGUGAUUGGAAUAUGUGCACAUAAUUGUAGAAAUCUUGGAAUGCCGUCUCAUAGUUUGUAAACAAUUUGAAGUGCUCUUAGAAUUCUUAAACUAGCUAGUAAUUUGUGAAACAGAGACUAAGUUUUUCAAUAGUUUUACAUUUGUCUGAUUUGUACUAAAUACUUCUGUUGAGUGAAACAUUUGAUAAUGUGCAAUAUGUUGUCUUAAUAAACUGAAGCUCCCAAAUUGUUGUGUUGUUGUCAGAAGUACAUCUUAUUUUGCUUGCCAGAUAUGUAGUCGAUUGUGUUUUAAACAUUUACAUGGAUAUACCAGUUGUAAAGUUUCAUGUCUGUAUGUUAUUAUCUUAUCCAUUUCCCCAAUCACAGUUUCUUCUCUAAUGCGCUACUUCUGUUACAAUUCUCUCUCAAAAUUUAACAGUACGUACACAGAUAGCGUUCAACAAAUAUUGCAGUUAGCGUAAGUUACCUAAAGUCUUGCAACACAAUUCUUCUCCUUCCCCUCUUCUGCUAUCCGCUUUGGAAAAGAUUUGAAUAUAUCUGACAUCAGUAAAAUACACAAUAUUUUAGCUACUAUAAUACAGUUGCGGAUAACUGAAUGCCUUAGGGUAACUCACUCUAUUUUUAGAAAUGCGUAUGUUCAGAUCAAAAUGCUUGUCUUUAGGUUAUGAUCAGUUACUCUUAAAUUCUCAAAUGCUGUGUCUUGAACUAAUAUUCAAACAAACUGUGUACUUGGCAUUAAUGAGGACACCACCAUUGCAGUUGCGUGCUGGAAUCGUAAACUUUGAUCAAUUCUCAACUUUCUACUAAAUACAGUAAUAGAAAGCAUUUCUUCUGAAACACUGUUGUUCCUUCCAUUAUAACCCAUGUGUAUAGGGUAACACUUCACAUACCAUUAGUGUACAUGCAUUUAUGACAUUACAUCAGUCCUUUCUGACAUUAACGAAUAACAAUUCUGUCCAAAUCUGACCGAUAACUAAGCUUCAUUUAUCAUCAUUGGCGUAAGCACCACUGUGACGGGUCAAUGGCCUGCCCUGUUACUCUGAACCGGGAUGCCUCAGCAGGUACUGUGAAGCACAUCAUUGCACUCCGAAGAAGCUUGGCAUCGCCAUCUGUUUACGUGCUAGAUCAUUUGCUAAUUAGAUAGAUGUUGGGUAAUCACUCACUUUAUCAAAGUGAUAUCUUAGACCACAGUACGUAGCACAUGUCCUGUAAUUGAGAGGUCACUGGCUAAAUUCCCACUGGUUGUUAUAACGACGAAUCACAUGAAAAUCGAAAGUAUUCAAAACAAAAAUUUGGCACAAAAAUGUGAAACCUUAAAUAGAAAAUAAAGUAUUUUAUCUCCAAAGAUUGUGCAGUAUUAUUGAUGUAUUCU